AUGACAAAGCCGAGAAAGUUCAUUCAUCUCCACUCGGGAGAAGUUACUGAUGCUGGUUUAUAUGGUUUGUGCGACUCAUGCAAACGCUUUCCUCCUUCGACUGCCCGAAUCAAUGACAUUCGUGUUUGCGAAGAGUGCAAGGCUGAAAAAUUUCCUCAAGUAACAGAAGUAGAAUUCAUCGACUCGGAUGCUGAUUUCCAGUGUCCAGCGUAUUCUUGCGGCUAUAAGUACAACUCUUUUCGAGAGCAAAUCAUCGGCUACUGCUGUAAAGAAGCUUCGAAGAAGAUUUUUAUUGAAGAUCCCUUCGCGCGGCUCAACACAGUGACAAGAAUUCUCGAGGAAGCAAGACAAGAAGAGCAUUCAGCAAAAAAAGAAUUCGAGUGUAAAAGACUCUUUCGCAAAGAAGUCCAAAAACGACUUUCUCUCGUGGCGAAACUAGCAGUCAAGGAGGACAACAGUGAUUUAGAUGACGGGUCCGAGAGUGAGACUGAUGCUGAACCUCCAGCAAAGAAGAAGAAAGAGGAAGAGAAUGAGAUGCAUCAAUGCGGAAUCUGCUUCGCACUCUACGACGAGGAUCACCCGGAAGGAGUCAUCAUCACCUGCAAGCACAAGUUCUGCUUCGACUGUAUCACCAAGCUCCCAAAGAAAGAGUGUCCAAAAUGCAACAAACGGUUCACUGAUGACGAUGUUAUUAAACUCUUCUGA